AUGGCCAGGCUGAAUGCCCCCACCCAGCUAAUUACUGCUGGUCCCGAGGUCCGGCUGCAUUACACUGUGUGCACCACAACAUCACAGCUCCAGUGUGUGCUUGCUCUGGCCUGGAAAAAAAAAGACACGCGCUCGCUCUGUGAUUGGCUCGCGCUUCUGUCUCGCAGGAGCUCCGACUGGGAUGCGCUUAGAGGCGUCCCGCUGCGCAAGUCGCCGCAGACUACCGCACCUGCUGACAGACACAGACACAGACACCGGACUGAGACUGAAAUCUCGUGCGCAUUCUCUUAUCCUGGUGACGGCCAGAUCAUUGUGAUAUCCGCCAAAACCGGAGCCCCAGUCGUCUUGCAUGUGAGCCGAGAUUUCUGCGUACCCGGCAUCAGAGAGAAAACCAUGGAUGAAAAGUCAUGGGGGGGGAACACUCCGCCAGGGUGUGACUCCUACUCGGCUGCUUGUUUGCGCGGCUUGUCCUCUCAGCAUCCACGAUGCAAACCUCCCGCAAAGCAUCCUGUAUCCUGCUCUCCACACUCAGGUUUAGGGUAUCUCCCACUUGUCCGUUCUGCUGUGGUGCUCCAGAGGUUGAGCAGAGUUCAGCUGCACAGUGUGGUGCCAGCAGCUGCCCCCAGUGCCCGUGCUGGAGACCUAAGAACAAGUUUCCAUCACAUACCACAGGCCCGUGUGGUAAUGGGGGAGGGCAGUGUGCCUUUCAGCUGGAGCACUGUGAUUGGUCUGAAUGAAUCUGAGGCCUUGUGGCAUGCAGUGCACCCUAGUGGUGGGGAGGAGAAUCAAAAACAAACACUCUAA